GUAGUUCGUUUCAUCCAAUCAAAAACGAAGGCGUGUAAUCCGAGUUUGGUUCCGCCGUUAACCAGCUGAAUAUCCUAAUAAAUUUAUCAAUAAUCUUAUGUGCAAUGCUUGGAAAUACUUCCUAUUAGAUGUUGAUUACGAAGUGCACAAGGAUCAAAACAUAGAUCUAGACAGCAUAUCAGUCAGGUUGGUGAGUCUGCGGCAAAGUGGCCUGUGACGUGUUAACAUUAGCUAGCUAGUGGCUAGAGAUCCUCAUUGAAUAUCCAUAGAAAUAAAAUAUUAAAACUUAUUUGCAGUGGUGAUCAACAGCAAUUUAAGAUUAUUUUUCGCGCGCGUAUUUUCCGUACGAUAAAUAAACAUGGACUGUAAAUUGCUGCAGAACUCUUUUUAUUAGUAUUUUAAUUUUGGUUGUCUUCCGUAUCACUGUUAUCUCAAAUGUACGAUUCCCGAUUACUUUGACAGACCUGUUUUUGAUCUGUGAAACAUUUAAACCGAGGUAAAACAGGGAAAAUAGAAAUAUAAAUAUCGUGGUUUCAAAAGCAGUGGUGUGCAAAAAAAAUUAAUGUUAACAGGAGCAGCGCUGAGAUGAGGGGUGCGUUGGUUCUUCUGUGCGUCUCUUCGUUUGCCCUGCUGGUCAGUGGCACUCUGUCGAAAACAGACGCAAAGAAGUCCUCUAAAACUCUGGAGACGGAGACGACGCCAGCGGACCGUCCUGUGCAGGAGCGAGGACUGGUGGUGUCUGACGUCCAAUGGAGGGACAUCGUACGGGAGGAGAAGAGAUACUGCCCAAAAACUACGGGGGUCCGCAACUUUCAGGGCACGGUGCUGGGGUACAUCACACCAUGGAAUUCGCACGGCUACGACGUCACCAAGCUGUUCGGGCCCAAGCUGAGCUCCGUGUCCCCCGUGUGGCUGCAGCUGCGACGUAGAGGACAGGAGAGCUUUCACAUCACCGGGCUGCAGGACCACGACCCCGGGUGGGUGAAGGCAGUGAAGAAAAGCAACAGGAAGAUGAAGAUGUUACCCCGCCUGCUGUUCGAUGGCUGGUCCUACCAAGACUACAUGAGCGUGCUCGAUAGUGAGGACGAAAUCGAGGAGCUGGGCAGAGAGGUGGUGGAGGUGGCUAAGGCGGAGGGAUUUGACGGCUACGUCCUGGAGCUGUGGAGUCAGCUGGGGGGGAACAAAAGAAAGGAACUGGUUCACCUGGUGACGCACCUGUGUGAGACGUUGAAGGCUGCGAGGCUCAGCUGUGUGCUCGUCAUCCCUCCCCCUGUCUCUCCAGUCUCCGGGCAGCCUGGGAUGUUUGGGCGUGAGGAGUUCCAGCAGCUGGCCCCCGUGGCGGAUGGCUUCAGCCUCAUGACCUACGAUUUCUCCAAUCCCAGCAGGCCGGGCCCAAGUUCACCCCUGCCCUGGGUGCGGGACUGUGUUCUGCAGCUGUCCCCUCAGACCCAGUGGAGGCACAAGAUUUUGCUGGGCAUCAACCUGUACGGUUUGGACUUCUCCAGCCAGGGUGGAGCUGAACCUCUGCUUGGGGGCAGGUACAUCGAGCUUCUGAAGGAACUGAAGCCGAAGUUGGUAUGGGACGAGCAGUCGGGGGAGCACUACUUUAGCUACAAGAGGGGAAGCUCGGCCAAGCACGCAGUCUACUACCCGUCGCUGAAGUUCAUCCAGCUGCGACUCUCCUUAGCCUCAGAGUUGGGGACUGGAAUCUCAAUGUGGGAACUGGGACAAGGACUGGACUAUUUCUAUGACCUCUUGUGACCAGAAGAUGGACAAGGACAAUGUACCGAUACCCUCUGCUCUGAUCUGAUUUUACCUACGGAGAGUGGAUGCAAGACAUCGCAACUUGGGUCAAGUCAAUCAAUUGAUCUUCCUUCAGCAUGUCAAUAAAUAUUAUUACUUAAAGGA